AUGUCGAAAACUGUGGACUUUGCUGGACUUUCCAGCCAGAACAUAACCGCCUUCGUUCGCCCAUUGUCCGUAUCCGACGUACCGAGCUGCGUCGAAGUUGAGAGCGCCUUUCCAGAGCAGGAACAAUGCUCCAGGGAAAAGCUUAUAUAUCGCCUCACAACAUGCCCAGAGCCCUGUCUUGGAUUGUUCAUCGAGAAGUCCGGGAAUCCAGAAACGGAACCGCCCCAACUCAUAGCGCACGUAAUCGGGAACAGGGUAUCUGCAAACCGAAUCACUGAUAGUUCUAUGAGUAUGCCAGAAAAGUGGCAGGAGAGGAGUGAAGUUGCUCUUGAUUCGAACGGUGGCAUCAUUGGCCACGACCCAGCGGGCCGCUUCAUCGGUGUGCACUCGGUGGCGGUUCGGACGGAGUACCAGGGCAAGGGACUAGGCAGAGAUUUGAUGAAGGAGUAUGCGAAAUAUGUACGGGAUACUAUCAGCCCAGUGGAUAGUGUUGUACUCAUUGCCCAUGGCCAUCUGCUUCGGUUUUAUGAAAGCGUUGGGUUCAAGAAUCUGGGACCAAGCCCGUCUAAUUUUGCUGGUGGGGGGUGGUAUAAUAUGGUGAGUGCUUUGCUAUCACUUAGGAGAUAUUAG